UGUAAACAGUAUUCAAAGGGCGAGGAGAGGCUGGAGAGACGUGGUGGUGACUGUCACAUCUUGCAUAGCUAUGAGGUGACUGUUGGUGACUGUAUCCAAGAGUGCCUCACCAAACCUGAUAGUGCCAAAGUGUGAAGAUGACGCAGACAGUGAGGAGCUUAACAGACGAGAUCCUUGCCAAGCUGGGGGCCACCUCCCUCACGCAGGUGACUUCCACUCUCCCCAGUGCCCUCACCUCAGGAGUCCAUCUGAAUGAGGCAGAGGCAGGCGAUGAGGAGGAAGCCUUCCACCAGCUUUCCCUCACCCACUCCACCCUCCUCCAUCACCGAGUGGCACAGAGACUCUACAGACCAAAGCUGCAGGAUGGAGAGACCAGUGUGGAGCUGCCUGAGGAGGUGGAGGAGGGUAAGAAAGUCAUCCUGUCCACCACCAGCAAGGAGGAGACUAUGAACCUCCUUCGGAAACUGCCUGCAGAGUGGACAGUGGUUCAGAUCACGUCUCUAGAGGACAGUGAGGAGCGCUUUAGAAGAGUGGGGAGUCCAGCCACAACACCUGGCCUCUACCUGUCCCGCUGUGUGUGUGGACCGAGCCCCUCAGUGGUGGUGCAGACUGUAGCAUCACCCAAGAACAUGAGCGUCAGCAGCAUCCUCCAGGAGAUGACGAACAUAAAGAGUGACAUCAAGAGUUCGUUCAUUGGGGGCACUUCGGGAGACUCCCAGCAAAGGAUUGGUGAUAAGAAGGAGGCGCUGAAUUUUAGGAUGAAGAACCUGGUGAAGAGCAUGGAGGUGGCUUGGCUGCGUCACUGGUGCUGUCUGCUGGUGGGCUCCUUGCACCCUAAGGAAGAGAAGGUCCUGGAGAAGGUCACAUCACACAUAGUCUCUGCCCACAAACUCACUCUUACUGACUCACAGAAGCAGUGUCUUAAGUGCAUCAUCAGUUGUCCCGUUGGGGAGUGGGAGGGUGAGGUGGAGGAGAGGAUCCGUGCUGGGGUGGCAGCCGUGCUGGGGGAGGGGCUGAGGAGCCGUGUUGUGAAGGACGUGUGCUCCUCCAUCAAGAAGGCUAAAGAUGUCCUCACACCUCUCAGAAAGGCCACCAGGAACCCUCUAAUUCUGGUGCUGGAUAAGAGCACCGUGGUGCUGCCGUGGGAGAUGGUCUGGGUGUUGAGGAACCAGCCCGUCACCAGGAUGCCAAGUGUGCGCAUGCUGGCUCUGCUCUAUGAGCACCAUGCCAACCUGGCAGACAGUGUGCUGGUGCAGGGAGUGGAUGUGAAGAAAGGCUUCUACUUGCUGGACCCUGAGGGGAACCUGCCCAGGACUCAAGAGCGCCUCAAGGGAGUGCUUGAGAUGACCCACUGGCCAGGCAUCACGGCACGGGUCCCAUCACACCAGGAAUUCUCGUCAGCACUUGUCAGCAAUGAUGUGUUCCUGUAUGCAGGACAUGGGUCAGGGAGUCAGUACCUGCCAGGGGAGCUGGUGGAAAAGGUGAUGUGCCGGGCACUGGUGCUGCUCUUUGGCUGCAGCUCAGUGCGGCUGUUGCCCCGUGGCAGGAUUCCGGAUCCCUGGGGUGUUGUGAUGCACUACUUUAUUGCCAACUGCCCAUGUGUGGUGGGGAUGCUAUGGGAGGUGACAGACCGUUCAAUAGAUCACCUCACCACUGAGAUGAUCAUGGCUCUGCAAAACUCUCUCAAGGAGUCUACUUCUGCCCAAGGCAAUGUGCCCUCAGACGUGGCCCUCCUGGUGGCCCGUUCUCGUGACCUCCCCAAGCACUACAUCAUGGCAUCAGCCCUGUGUGUGUAUGGCCUGCCUCUCCACUUAGUCCACAGUGAUGAGUCUGCAGCUGACUGACUCCUGUGGUCUGCCAGCCCACAGCCCCUAAUCAGAGGAGACUAAUCAGGAAGGACAGAGGCCAAUACCUUGUCUAUCACUCCCUGGCCGCGCGGGACUGAGCUGUUGGCCAUCUCCAUGUAAAGGCCUGCGACACCACGCAGGUGACAAUCUCAAACAACAAAGCGGAACUGAGGGUCACGGAGCCUUGACUCAUGCAGGCCACUGUUCACCCGAAUUUCACACCUCCCUCAGUGACAACAUAAAGGUCAUGAUUCGAGGCUGAAAUAAAUUAAGAAAAAAGCUUAUUUCUGUAUUUCUUCCUCCCUAUGAUUUGAACUCUUUCAAGAGUUUCAAGACACUUAUCCUCCAAUUUUGAUGAUACUUUUGACAUCUCUUUUGGGACUAGUACAUUAGUGUGGCUUUUAUUUAUUCAUUUUCUCGCUCUUGGCCAGUGCUCCUCUUACAUAAAAAAUUCUGAUUCUUACUUUUUCCCUAGAAGUUACGAUGCAGUUUUGAUUUUGGUUUAUUGAUCUAUUUAUUUAUUUUAUCUUAUUCUUUCAGAAGUUAUGACUACUUUUAUGAAGGGAGAUGACGAAGUUUGGCUUUUUUUCAUUCUUUAAUUAAAUAUUACCAGCAGCGAUGUACCAUUCUGCCGGAUGUUAAUGUUACUGCACAAGCCACGAUUCGCUGAUAACGCGUGAAUAAAGAAUCCGUAAUGAGAAACUGUUCUCUCAUAAGAAACCAUUUUUGCAGAUUCCCACAGGUCCUUUUUUCUCCCCCGCUAAUGAAGAGAAACCCUCGAAAACUUGUCACGAAAGUCAUGUAAAGACUCGUGAAAUAAAAAAGUAAAAGCACACUUGAUCCUGGUAAAACUACUCUAGAUAAGGCACUGAAACAUCCGAGAAUGUGAUGAUUUGCGAAACAUUGCUUACAGAGUGACUCAUGAUGUUUUGUUCUGGGCCCACAAGAGGUGUCUUACAACAUUGUAUCUGCCUCAGUGACGAUUAACAAGUGUGAGUGUCACCCUUGAUAAGCUUGACCUCU